UUUAGUGCGCCACAGUUGGCUGUCACAAGUGUCACUUUACCUUUACUAUCGAUUUCUAUUUUUAUCCUUGACCAGGACAUAAUAUCCUAAAAUAUAUACCUCCUUUGAAACUAUUAAAGACAUGUAUUAUUUAUAAUUAAUAUUUUUGUUGUUUAAUUUUGUGGUGGUGAUAAAAUGGACGCUGGCGGAGCCUACGGGGGCGGUAAAGCUGGGGGUACAUUCGACCCUAUAGCUUUUGUUCAGAGGCCCCCAGUGAUAUUAAGAGCAGUCUGUUGGUUAUUCAGUAUCAUAGUAUUCGGUUGCAUAUCAUCUCAGGGAUGGAAAAUUGAUAAUACAACAAAGGAGGACGUCUGCUUGUACAAUAAUGACUCGAAUGCAUGCAACUAUGGAACUGGAAUAGCCGUCAUUGCAUUCCUUGCUUCCAUGGGCUUCCUGGUCGGAGAGUAUCUGUUUGAGCAGAUGUCCAGUGUCAAGACACGUAAGCAUUAUGUUCUUGGAGACUUGGGAUUCUCAGGUUUUUGGUCAUUCCUGUACUUUGUAGGAUUUUGUUACUUGGCCAACGCUUGGGGAAAAUCAGAGGCCCCAGAGAAUGGCUUUGGUGUUAAUAAUGUGCAGGCAGCUAUCGCUUUUUCAUUCUUUUCAAUCUUCACCUGGGCUGGUUGCGCCUUUUUUGCGUUUCGCCGGUUCCGCACAGGAGCCGAUUCAGCUUUUGCGCCCUCAUACGAAGCUGAACCCCAGAUUGGGGGUGCCAAUGCUGGGGGCUACUCUGUAGGAGGCUUUCCUCAGGAUACCACGAUGGGCGGAGGUAUGGGAGACUACAGGGAGCAGCCCUUCGGUCAGCAACCGAACAGAGGUCCCACAGACUUCCAACAGCCAACCUAUUAAGUUUCGUAUUUGGAGACAAAACAAAUCUCUGUAAAAAAAACUGAUAUUAUUUUGGGAACACUGAAACUCAUAUUGUUAAACUAUUUUUCAUUUCGAUCAAUUACUAAUAAUCAAUAUGUUGCUCGAUGCAAGCCAACACGCUAGUCACUCUGUAGAACAACUUUAUUUAUAUAAAUAAAUAAAUUUAUUUAUUUAUUUAUCACAUUUGUAUAGUUAAAAAUUUGUGUCUUUUUGCAAAAUGGGACAGACAAGAAUCAAAUUGUAGUUGUUUUUAUUACUUUUUUGUCCAAUUCGAGACCAUUCCAUUAUUAA